AUGUCUAGUUUAAAAGAACAAAAGGAAUUAUUCGUAUCUGAUUUACUCGGAGGAUCAAUACUGGAAAUUUAUACUAUAACCACCAUUGCAUUAACAUCAUAUUUAACUUAUGCAUUGAUUAAAAGUUCACUAUCGAAAGAUAGUCAACUCUCAUUCUUGAAUGAUUAUAUUGUAAAUUGUUUAACUUUACUUGCAUCAAUCACUAUUUAUAGUAAUAAUAUCAAUUAUCUUCAUUAUUUAACUAUCAUUCCUGGAAUUCUAAUCUAUGUGAUUUCAAAAUAUAUCUUAAAAUCAGGGGAAGAAACAACCCAACCUAAAAAGACAAAGACUACGAGUACUCCUAAUGAAUUCUUACCAAAGAAACCAUUCAUAACCGCUUAUAGAGCUCAUAUGCUUAUAAUCACCAAUUUAUCAAUCUUAGCCGUUGAUUUCAAUAUCUUUCCUCGAAGAUUCGCUAAAGUUGAAACUUGGGGAACAUCAUUAAUGGAUUUAGGUGUGGGAUCAUUUGUAUUUUCGAUGGGGUUGGUUAAUUCUCGUUCAUUAUUAAAGGAAAGUCAAUCUAAAGCUAAUAGUAAUUCAUUUCUUUCUUAUUUACAUAUCAUUCGAAAAAGUAUUAUUAAAUCAAUCCCGAUCUUAGCCUUAGGAAUUAUUCGGUUGGUUAGUGUGAAACAAUUGGAAUAUCAAGAACAUGUUACUGAAUAUGGGAUUCAUUGGAAUUUCUUUAUCACAUUGGGAUUAUUACCUAUUUUAUUAGGGAUUUUAGAUCCAUUAUUUCAAUUAUUACCUCGAAAUUUAAUUGGAUUUUUGAUUGUAUUAAUUUAUGAAAUUGGAUUACAAAAAUUCGACCUUUUAUCAUUCAUAUUAACAUCGGAUAAUCGAUUAAAUAAUAUCGUUACCAUGAAUAAAGAAGGUAUUUUCUCAUUCUUAGGUUAUUUCAGUAUAUUUUUAUUCGGACAAUCAUUCGGUCCAACUUUAUUAACCGGUUAUCCUACCGUUAAUAACUUAAUCUAUCCCUCUCAUAUCAAACCAACUAAAUCGAAAUCAGGUUUCUUAACGUUCAAUACCACAAAUUCAUUAAUCAUAUUAACAAUGUUUUAUCAUAUCAUAUUCUAUUAUUUCAAUAAUUCAUUCCUUACCACGAAUAUUUCUCGAAGAUUGGCCAAUUUGAAUUAUGUACUUUGGGUAGUUGCAUAUAAUUCAACAUUAUUAUUAGGAUAUAAUUUAAUUGAAAGUUUAUUUCCUCAUAUAAGUACUACCAGUUAUUUAUUAGAAUCAACUAAUAAUAAUGGAUUAUUAUUAUUUUUGAUUUCAAACUUAUUAACAGGAUUUAUAAACAUGUCAAUCAAUACAUUAGCCACCACAAAUUAUAUAUCAUUUCUUAUCUUGGUGAUUUAUUCAUUAGUGGUAAGUUUAAUUGCUGUUGAAUUAAAUAAGAGAAGUAUUUAUAUAAAGUUAUAG